UCCGGAAGACGAGCGCUUUCGGAGGUCGCUUGCGCGGUGGCUCCCGUUCCCUGGGUUUGUCCGGGCGCGCCCUGUUGUUUCCCGGCGGCUUCUCCGUGGUCGUUCAGCCGCCGCGAUGGGGAAGCGACAGCACCAGAAGGACAAGAUGUACAUAACAUGUACAGAAUAUACACAUUUUUAUGGAGGCAAGAAAGCAGAAAUUCCACAAUCCAACUUCAGACGCCUCCCUUUUGAUCACUGCAGCUUAUCUCUGCAGCCGUUUGAAUAUCCUGUUUGCACCCCAGAUGGAACCAUCUUUGACCUAUUGAAUAUCGUUCCUUGGAUAAAGAAGUACGGGACGAAUCCAAGCACAGGAGAGAAGCUGGACGCCAAAUCUCUCAUCAAGCUGAACUUUGCUAAAAACAGCGAUGGGAAAUACCACUGUCCGGUGCUCUUCACUGUGUUCACCAAUAAUUCCCACAUUGUGGCCAUCAAAACAACCGGGAAUGUUUUUGCCUACGAGGCAGUUGAGCAGCUGAAUAUUAAAACAAAAACCUUCAAGGAUCUUUUAACUGAUGAACUCUUCACUCGGCAAGAUAUUAUCACAUUACAGGACCCGACCAACUUGGACAAAUUUAAUGUCUCCAGCUUCUUCCAUGUUAAGAACAACUUGAAAGUGACAGAUCCAGAUGAGGAGAAAGCAAAAUCGGACCCAUCCUAUUAUCUGAAAAACGCAAAUGUUGAGACCCGGGAAACACUGUUGGAACUUUACAAAGAAUUCAAAGGGGACGAAGUGCUGGCAGCCACGAUGAAGGCUCCGGAGAAGAAGAAAAUCGAUAAGCUGAACGCUGCACACUAUUCCACCGGUAGAGUGAGUGCCUCUUUCACGUCGACUGCCAUGGCGCCUGAGACAACGCAUGAAGCAGCUGCCAUCGAUGACGACGUGGUGCGGUACCAGUACGUGAAGAAGAAGGGCUACGUUCGCCUGCACACCAACAAAGGGGACCUCAACUUGGAGCUGCACUGCGACAUGACCCCCAAAACCUGCGAGAACUUCAUUAAGCUAUGCAAGAAAAAUUACUACGAUGGGACCAUUUUUCACAGAUCAAUUCGUAACUUUGUGAUCCAAGGAGGAGAUCCAACUGGAACAGGCACGGGCGGAGAGUCAAUCUGGGGAAAACCUUUCAAGGAUGAGUUUAAACCCAACCUGUCGCACAAAGGUCGUGGCAUCCUCAGCAUGGCCAACACGGGCCCCAACAACAACAAGUCUCAGUUCUUUAUCACAUUCCGCUCCUGUACGUACCUGGAUAAGAAGCACACCGUGUUUGGAAGAGUGGUUGGUGGGUUUGAGACCUUGACCGCGAUGGAGAAUGUGGAGAGUGAUCCAAAAACUGACCGCCCCAAGGAGGAAAUAAGAAUCGAGUCAACAACGGUUUUUGUGGAUCCAUAUGAAGAAGCCGAUGCUCAGGUUGCCAAAGAAAGAGCGAAGGUCCAGCAAGAGGAGAAGGCAGCAAAAGGGGAAACUAAAGCAGCAGCCCCAAAGGAGGAGCAUCCCACUCCAAAAACGUACCGCCAGGGUGUCGGAAAGUACAUCAAUAUCGCCGCAACGAAGCGAGCAAUGGAAGAUGAGGGCCCCUCCACCAGCACAGGUGCCAAGAAAGAGAAGAAAAGUGCAGGCUUCGGGGACUUCAGCUCCUGGUAGCCAGUCUGAAGGUGGCUGAGUCUAAGGAACCCAUGCAAAGCCACGCCUGGGCUUGAUAGGUCUGUGUUCAAGGCGGCCAGCGUUUUGCUGCUGCUUCCAUGGCAGCAAGGACACAAACGCGCGGGCGCGCACACAUGGAUCACAUGCUUUAUUUCUCAGCGUUUCCUGGGCAGCUCUCUCCUUUCCUGUUUUGCAGCCCGCAGCGGCACUCCACAAUUCAAGGAUAACUUGUGCACAGCUGAUUUUCCUGUAGCAGGUGAAGAGGGUACUGAAGCAUAUGAACGAGGCCUUAUUUAUGAGAUUCUAUUUCAGGCUGAAAAGGCUCAAUGCCAGACUGAGAAGGAAGAGGCGGUGGCACCAGUACCCCGGCUCUCUCCCCUUGCUGCAGGCUUCCUGGAAUCUCUCACUCCUUUCUGGGUCUGACUCAUGGACACCUCUGCCACCCUUUCAGUCCCCAUUUCUUGGAGCUAUCUUUCUGCUGUGGAGAAGCAUCCCUCUGUUUCCUGGGGAGCUAUGGCUGCACAAGAUGCUCUCUCCGGAGGGCUCACCAUGCAGCUAGAAGGCACCAGCUCAGGGAAGUUCACUUAUGCAGUAAUAGAGCUUGAGGAGGUCCUUACGCCAGCUUGGGUCAAACUAGCUGACUCUUUUUGCCUAUAAUACAAGUGAAUGAUACGAAAAGUGGUAUUACAGAUGAAACAAAGACAAUCUCCACAUGUACAUUUUUCCUAGGAGUUCUAUACUCCAGUAAGAAGUUUUCUGUUGGGAAGGUCUAAUAAGAGAGAAUACAUGGAUUUUAUUCAUAAUUUUACUAUCCAGAAACAGGAGAGAAACUAUAGCACUUGGCUUAAGGUAGCACAAGAUAAGGAGACCUCCUAGCUCCUGUUCUCAUUUAUGUGUACAGACAUCUUAACAAUGAAAUAGGUAAGCUACCUUUGUGGAGGCUGAAGUUGUCGGGCUCAGUUCCAUUCACUGUCAAGUGGAAACUUGACAGCCACACCUGAACAGAAGCGGUGGAAUACCUACAUUGACAUGUUUGUGCUUUAGACAAUAACAUUUAACAGAAUGCAGUACUACCUUGUUUAUGAAAAAAAACCUUGGAACAAAAUUCCAGCAGGAGAUGCCCUGUGAAGUAUUUUUCAUUAAAGUUUUACAUUUCCA